AUGGACUCUUCUUUAUUUCUUCUUAACUGCUCUCUUGGUGUUCUAUGGGUGUUAGUUUAUGUGGACGACAUAAUCAUCACAGGGAAUAAUACAAAACUACUUAACUGGUUUGUUACUCAAUUGGACAACGUCUUCUCUCUCAAAGACUUAGGCCCUCUGCAUUUCUUCUUGGGAAUCGAGGUUCAUCGCCCUCACAUGGGCUUGCACCUGUCUCAAACAGCUUAUAUAAAUGAGCUUUUACGACGAACCAAUAUGCUUGACUGUAAAAGUAAUCCUUCACCAACAAGUACAUCUGCUCAUCUUGGUGCCUCUAUUGGUUCUCCCCUUUCUGAUGUGUUUUUGUAUCGAAGCACCAUUGGCAUGCUGCAAUACUUGACUAUUACGAGACCAGAGAUUUCUUUUAUCGUAAAUAAGUUAAGUCAGUUUAUGCAGGCUCCCACUGAUGCUCACUGGUCGGCUUGUAAACGUGUCCUCCGUUUCUUACAAGGAUCCAAAAUGUUUGGUCUUCUACUUCGGCCCUCUCCUCAUCUUCGCAUCACUGGUUUCACGGAUGCUGACUAG